GGCAGUCCCGCAGCCGAGCGCAGCCAGGCGCGCGCCGCCGCCCACUCGCCCAGAGCCUGCUGCAGUCCGGAAAGUGGCCCGGGCUGAGAGCAGAGGGGGACAGCGGGGAUCGUGAGCUCCUGCCGGAGCGAGCGGGCGUAUCCGCCGCCGGAGGUCUACCUGGAGGACAUGGAGGAAAGAUCGGCAGAGACCAACUCCAAUGUGGACAGCUCAGCACAGCCUUCCGUGGCCCAGCUGGCUGGACGGUUCCGGGAGCAAGCGGCUGUAGCCAGAGAGACACCAGCCAGUAAACCAACAAGAAGGAAACCGCCCUGCUCCCUCCCCCUGUUCCCCCCCAAGGUAGAGCUGGGCCAGAAUGGUGAGGAGAAAUCACCAUCCAACACCAGCCACCCACCUAAAAUCAAGGUGAAGAGCUCUCCGCUGAUUGAGAAGCUUCAGGCCAAUUUAGCCUUCGACCCAGCAGCUCUUCUGCCUGGGGCUUCACCCAAAAGUCCUGGGCUCAAGGCCAUGGUGCCACCAUUUCACAGCCCCCCUCCCACACCCAGUAGCCCCGGCAUCCGGUCUCAGCCAGAAGCAGAAGAGGUACCUGUGAGCUUUGACCAGCCCCCGGAAGGGACUCACCUGCCUUCUUACAAUAAGGUGCGGACUCGAGGCUCAAUAAAAAGACGUCCUCCCUCCCGGCGAUUCCGGCGAUCACAGUCAGACUGUGGGGACCUUGGAGACUACCGGGCUGUGGAGCCAUCUCAGGAAAAUGGUGCCAGGGUAGAGAAUGGCGAUGAUGUGUUCCCUAGCAAGAGCAAGGCCCCCGGGUCUCCCCCACCCAACCAGGAGGCCAUGGGAGAUGGGGUAGAGGGAACCCUGGGAUCCACAGAAAAGCCUCCUCGAAGGAGCUUGUGCAACAGCACGGAGAAGCCGGAAGAAUGUACUGGAACCCCAGAGGAGGCCAAUGCAGGAGAGAAGGCUGGACAGAAUCCAGACACAGCUAGCCAGGCUGGACUGGAGAUCCCAGAACCACCCCAAACCUGCAACACAGAGGCUGAGAAAGGGUGCGAGAGUCAACUAGAGGGGACAGAAGCUGGAGAGCGUACAGACGCUGGGACGGCCACAGAAGGGACAGCUUCUGAGGAGAGUUUGGCAGAUGAAGAGGAGGGGUUUGGACAGAAAAGCCCAGCUGCAAAGACACCAGAGGAGGGAGCAGUCAGGGAGAAAGCUCCCCAAAGUCCGGAGCAAAAGGAGGGGCCACCUCUGGAGCCAGGCUGCAGCCCAGGGGUUGACAAUGCCCCAGCAGAGAACAGCAAUGAGAUCCAGAAUACUCAGGAAGCCUCCACGGAUGAUAUCCCCAUCGAGGAUACACGAAUGUAAUGAAGAGCUCGUGGUGCCGGUGACGAAGCCACUGGAGACAUCUCCCUGGAAAUGGCAGCGUCAAUAGUAGCGGCAGCAGCGCGUGAAGCCACGGCAGAAGCAGAAUCACUGAGCAUCUGGAGUCGGCCCAGGAUGCGGGGCGAAUCAUCCCCUGUAGGCCACCGCAACUGUCUCCUCAUUGGAGAUUAGAGUUUUAUCAACUUGAGUUUGUGUCAUUUGAUGGACUUGACACAAUGUGAAAUGUACUGAAAGCAAUUGGCUGUGACGACAGUACUGUUGACCCCACCUCUUCCUGCAGCUGACCUCCCGACUAGGCUCUGGUUGAGCUUCUGUAAAGUUGCGGCCUUUUUAUUGUUCUAAACUUUUUAUGGCUCUCAGAUGUAACUUAAAACUAAUUUCAGGUAGAUAAAAAAGAUAGUCUUGUGGAAAAUAAAAUCCUCUAAGUUACAGAAGAGCUGAAAGCGUAUCAAAGCCCUCGAGGUGAUCUUUCCGCUUACUCCAAUGGGGAAAAGGCCAACCAAUUUCAAAAGCAGUGGACUCAAAGAGAUAUUUAUUAAAACCUUUACAAACUU